CUAUAGCCAAAUGAACAAGUAAUAUACACCUGAAUUGUGUUUACUUAAUUAUAAAAUUUUGUUUGUUUGGAAAAUGAGCAAGUUAGAUACAUCUGAAGCACAAAAAAUAUUUGAAACUUUUCUUGAAAAAUACCAUGAAGAAGAUGUUCUUCGUAUUUUGCUAUCAACCAAUAAAACAGAGCAUUUCUCUAUCAUUGUUAAUGCGUUUGAAAUGUUUGAUGCAAAUAUGGACAUUUCAUAUCAGUUUUUAAAAAAUCCUUCUUUGCUUCUCCCUACAUUUGACAGUGCUGUUUGCAGUGUUCAGCUUCAAGUUAUGUCAAAAUAUGGAACGUUGAAUAAAACAUCUAUGAGCAUAAAAAACAAUUGUCAUAUUAGGGUUACAAAUCUCCCUAUCUGCCCUGAAUUGUCACGUGAUCACUUGCCAAAAUGCGAAGAUGUUGGUAGUUUUUUAUCUGUAAAAGGAACAGUGAUUCGUUGCACUUUAACAAAGUUACUUGAGUAUCAGCGACAAUAUAUUUGCAAUAAGUGUCAUCACGUUUUUGAUUUAUCUGCUGAGUUUGAGCAAAACUAUACUAUUCCUUUACCAACUCUGUGUCCUUCACCAGAAAGUUGCAAUUCUAAGAAAUUUACUGCAUUAACAAAAACAAAAAAAUGCAAAGAUUAUCAAGAAAUUAAAAUCCAAGAGCAAGUACAAAAUUUACAUUUUGGCCACAUUCCUCGUUCUAUCUGGGUUUUAUUAGAAGAUGACCUUGUUGACUCUUGUAAACCAGGAGAUGAUGUAACAAUUACAGGAAUAGUUUUACAAAGAUGGAAAAGUCUUUAUAAAGAUAAUAAAUGUGAUGUAGAGCUUGUUCUAAAAGCAAACCAUGUUGUUAUUGAUAAUAUUCAACAUUGUUCCAGUUCAAUGAAUGACCAGCAUCAGAAAGAAUUUCAUGAGUUUUGGUCUUUGUACCAAUCAUCACCAUUAAGAGGGCGCAAUGAAAUCCUUAGAUCUUUUUGUCCUCAGGUUUAUGGCCUAUAUCUUGUAAAAUUAACUGUUGCAUUAGUAUUAGUUGGUGGAGUUCAACGACUAAAAAAGUCUGGAACUAAAAUACGUGGAGAAUCUCAUUUGUUGUUGGUUGGUGAUCCAGGUACAGGAAAAUCUCAGUUUUUAAAGUAUGCAACAAAGUUGAUGAAGCGUUCUGUUUUAACUACUGGAGUUGGCUCAACAAAUGCAGGUUUAACCGUUACUGCUGUAAAAGACUGUGGUGAAUGGCAUCUUGAAGCUGGUGCAUUGGUACUUGCAGAUGGGGGUGUUUGUUGUAUAGACGAGUUCAAUAGUAUUCGUGAUAAUGAUAGAGCAAGUAUACAUGAGGCUAUGGAACAACAGACAAUAAGUGUUGCAAAAGCAGGGAUGGUUUGCAAGUUAAACACCAGAACAACAAUUAUUGCAGCUACAAAUUCAAAAGGGAAAUAUGAUCCAGACCUUAGCUUAUCUGCAAACAUUGCCCUUGCAAGCCCUCUUUUAAGUAGAUUUGAUGUUAUUCUCGUAUUGAAAGAUAAUCAAAAUAAGGAAUGGGACAAGUAUUUAUCUAACCGCAUACUUACAAAUAAAUUAUCUCUAAGGGAAGUUGAUGCUUCUAAUAGCUGUUGGAAUAUUGAACAAUUACAAACUUAUUUUGCUUAUGUCAAAACUUUAACUCCUGAACUUUCUAAAGACUGCUGCAGUAUUCUUCAAACAUACUAUCAAGCUCAAAGGGCUGCUGCCACACAUACUGCUGCAGCACAAACAACAAUACGUUUAUUGGAAAGCUUGAUUCGUCUUUCUGAGGCUCAUGCACGUUUAAUGUUUCAUAAUGAAGUUACUAUUCAAGAUGCUAUUGUUGCUGUAUGCAUUAUCGAAAACUCUAUGCAAAAUAUGUCUUUACUUGGAGGUUUUGAUUUUCUACAUGUUUGCUUUCCAGAGGACCCAGAUAAAGAAUAUUUUGAGAGUGCUAAAUUAAUUCUUGAAAAACUUAAUUUACAUACUAUUCUUGCUAAAGUAAUUGAAAAAGAAGAAAUUCGAUUAAAAGACAAGGGAGUUGUUGGAAGUUGUACAGAUUUUGAAUCAGAGCAACAAAAAAUUGAUAACACGCCAAUCAAAAGUUCUGAAAAAAUUGAUAACACUUGCACGCCAAUCAAAAGUUCUGAAAAAAUUGAUAACACUUGCACGCCAAUCAAAAGUUCUGAAAAAAUUGAUAACACUUGCACGCCAAUCAAAAAUUCUGAAAAAAUUGAUAACACUUGCACGCCAAUCAAAAGUUCUGAAAAAAUUGAUAACACUUGCACGCCAAUCAAAAAUUCUGAAAAAAUUGAUAACACUUGCACGCCAAUCAAAAAUUCUGAAAAAAAUAAAAGUAAAAUAAAAAAUGAACUGCUAGAAAAAUGUCAUCUAAAUGAUGAUGCGUACCCUUUGGAUAUAUGCAUGUUGAAUUCUAAUUUAUCAGCAAAAAACGAUGUCGAGGAUCAAUUAUCAGAAAAGUGUAUAGAUAAUAGCUCCAAGAAUUUUAUUUAA